GCGGUGUAUAAAGGACGUAAUACGCCCGGAUUAUCAUGCGCCAUGAAUAAUGCCGUCUAAAUUAGUGCAUAACACACUGCGGCCCAGGGGGUGCUAGUAGCAGCAUGCUGCUGUGACAAAAUAUGACUGACCACAGCAUAACUAAGGGACUGAUGUGAAGACAAAAUGACUACCGACACGCCUACAUGCGGUCCGCAGUGUGAUCUGUGAGGCGAGUUGGAACGCUACCGCAGCGUGCCUCCGACGCCGCCUUAAUGGACGUCACGAGGCAGGAAUGAACAUGCUUCUACCACAUGGCAUAGCCCUUCAAUAUGUAGUGAACGUUUGUUACCUGCGACCAAUAUUACCAUGAACCUGUCAACCUACGGGUUCUUACCAUCUAAAGGCUUCACUGUGCCCAUUACCCUUGUUAGCGCUAGCUUCCCAUUCCUCAUGUGUUGGUGGUUACGCCGACCUCGCGCGUUCUUUGUUUGGCUGAAAUCUCUGCGUUUCUUCCGCGACACUAAGACGGAAGAACGACUGCUUGAGUGGAAGAAGAAAUGGGAGGAAGAAGAGAAGAAGCGUAUAUCACUAGAGGACAGGCUGAAGAAACUUGAGCUGGAGCAUCAAGUUUCAACCCAAGACAAGGGUGGCCUGAAAACGGAAAAUAUCCGGCUUACGACCAUCCUGAAAAAAGCCAGCAAGGAAGCCGAUGAAAUUCAGGCCAGGUUACUACAAGAGCAGAACGAGAGAGAAAAGGUCCAGCAAGAACGCUCCAAGCUUCAAGACGCCAAUCAAAAGCUGCAGCAAGAUCUCAGUUCAUACCAGCAGCAGUUAUUGUUGCGAGAGAGCGAAAAAAAGGCCUUGAAAAACGAGCUGCAGGCCCUACAGAUCAAGUUCAACGAUCAAACCACACUUCUUAACGACCGUACACGGGAACUGCGGGGUGCACAGGCAUUCUUGAGCACAGCCGACACUCUCUCAGGAGCGGAAGUCAUCAGACUGGUAGAUGAACUCAACCAAGAGAUCAUGCAGACGGCAGCUUUCAUCUCGGACUCCUUCGAUUUCGCUCGCAAGCCUGAACACAGAGACGAGAUCAAGGAAGCCAGUGCGCGAACCGGUGAACUGAUUGGACCUGCCAUGACGUCACUCCUGGGCACCGUGCAGCACGGGGAAGACCCUCUCUUGAUCCAGAUCGCAUUGCAGGCCGCCACAGUCGAGUUCUCUCGCUGGAUCAUAAUGACCUGGGACUUUGACGGCUUACAGGCUGAGCAACCACUGGCAGAGAUCUAUGGUGACGUUCGGGAGACAGAAAGCCAGGCAGUCAGCGGCCGAUGGCGCGCUUUGACUCGAUCCCAUGCGCAGAAGGUUGCUCUGCAGGAGACGGACGUGCACUCAACAAUGGUUGCACAUAUCAGCGACACCCUCGUGGUCGUGAUGAUUGCGGCUGGUUGCACCAAGAACUACGAAGAUGUGUAUCGCGACUUCACCAUGAAGUUUGGCGAACGCGUGUCGAACAUUGUCCGCAUGGCAACAAGGCUUAACAGAGCCAUGGGUGAGGAAGUCACAUCGGCAGAUCUCUGGCCUACCCAUGCUGCGGCUGGUGAGAGGUUCGACACGGAAUCGAUGAAGGACUUUGACGAGGGGAGUGGGGCGCAAUCCGGUGUGGUUUUGUGCACGACUGCGCUUGGUUUGCAGAGGUCAGAGAAGGUUGGAAACGGGGAAGGCGCAGAGAACAGGAUGUUCACACUGGCGAAACCCAAGGUUGCGCUUGAAGCUAUUGCAGAUGGGAUGGAGAGGGAGGCGGAGUUGUCGGGAGACUAAUUUACUUCCAGGACUGUGUCACCACGUAUUCUAUUCGUUUGAUUUUUGUUCGUCAUUACUCUAAAUCAUUUUCUCGCUCCACAAACGACUCGAGCAUGUACGCGGUUCACUGCCUUCAAUGACGAUGCCAGCAAUUACGGCCAGUAAACUGUCAACUAGACAAAAGCCUUUAGUGGCAGACUGGCAGUGGAAGUUCAAAAGGUCGUGCUUAUGAA